CAUCAGUUGGUUAGUUCAGCACAAGCACUGACCGUGAAGACUUCGAGUUUCUCUGCUUGGAGAAACCGUCAUGAUGACGGUUUUAUCGGCUCAAACCGUGAUUUUGGCAGUCAUCGUCGUCUCCGCAAAUCCGGGAUGGUGUCAAUCGAAUCAAAUGGCUUUCAAAAUGACUAAAUUCCCGGGAAAUACGACUGUUCAAUCCUUGGCUUUCCAGCCGACUGCGUUUUUGACUGUGCUGCCAAACGUGAGCAUCGUCGCUUGCGGAUCAUCCUGCAUUGCUGUUGGGACUUGCAAUUCGUUCAAUUGGGUUGAAGGAUCUCCUGCCAGCUUUGGCAGGUGCGAAAUCAUAAAUGGCAGCACUUGGACGCCGAGUUUGUUUGUGUCGCGGACAACCGAGUCGAGCAAGUUUUUCGUCAAUGAAGUUCUGUCAAAGACCGAUGGCUAUUAUGUCAUCAUUCCGGCCAUCAACCAGGACCCCGUAAAUUUAGACAACCCCAGCAUAAUUCACCUGGAAAUUCCAAGUGGCUACUCUACCUGUUGGCACCUGCUAUUACUUGAGUGA